AUGUUCGCUGCUACACAUGUCGACCUUGCAAAAAAUGCAUUUCAACACGUUAUUUUGAAUUUGUAUUUACCGCAGGUGGAACAUGUUAGAGCUGAGAGGAACUUGCUGGCAGAAGUGGCCAGCCACUGCAUAGUAAAAUUGUACUACUCAUUCCAAGAUACUGAGUACUUAUAUCUAAUAAUGGAAUAUCUUCCUGGUGGUGACAUGAUGACUCUGCUGAUGAGAGAAGAUACAUUAUCUGAAAGUGUGGCAAAAUUUUACGUAGCUCAAAGUGUCCUGGCCAUUGAGUCCAUACACAAACAUAAUUAUAUUCACAGGGAUAUCAAACCUGAUAAUCUUCUUCUUGACAAAAAUGGGCACAUGAAGUUGUCAGAUUUUGGUCUUUGUAAGCCCCUUGAUUGUAGGACUUUAUCUACCCUAAAGGAAAAUGAAACCAUGGAUGACGAGAAUUUGAGGGAACCAAUGGAUAUAGAUGACGGCUUGUCUGAUUCGGGUAAUAGUAGCAAUUGGAAUAGUCCGCGUGAACAGCUUCAACAUUGGCAGAUGAACCGGAGAAAAUUGGUAUGUAGUUACAUAAAAAGAUAUUAUUGCAACUUGUAUCUAACUAGGUUCCAAAUACAGUUCCAAACAAUAUCUAUAAUCACAAAUGGGUUGCGUUAA